AUGUCUGAGAAACAACAGGGUGUCGCAAAUCGCUCCUGGAUUUCUUUUUCUUCUCUUCAUCUUUGGGCCUUCUGCCUUGCUACGGUCGCUUUAAAACUUUUUGUCGGUAAUGUUGACUUCUUCACGUCGCCAGAACGCCAUGACCCUCUUUUCUGGUACGAGCCAGGAACUAAUGCCACUUUGAUCAAGAAUGCGACGAUCUUCACGGGAGAAAUCUCGGAUGGCGAAGGGGUGGUUUUGGUGGGCUCGGACAUCUUAUUAGAUAAGGGCAUCGUGAAAGCCAUAGGAAACCUUUCACCCAAAUAUGGAGACUCAAGCACAUUUAUCAUCCAUGCCAACGGUGCUUGGGUCACCCCAGGACUAAUCGACCUUCACUCCCACCUUGGCGUCAUGAGCAUUCCGUUGACAGACGGCGCAUCUGACGCAAACUCAAAAAAGGGACCCAUAGUUCCGUGGCUACGGAGCAUCGAUGCUCUGAACACCCACGACGAUGGAUUCAAGCUUGCAGUCGCUGGUGGCGUUACUUCAGUGAAGGUGAUCCCGGGGGACAUGAAUGCCAUUGCGGGCGAGGCAUUCAUGAUUAAGACACGACCCACCUCAAAGCGGUCUCCCUCUUCGAUGGUUAUUGAGCUACCAGACCUCUGGAAUGCAACAAAGCGGGAAGAGAAGCAUGUACCCUGGCGCUAUCUUCAUCAAGGCUGUGGUGAAGACCUGGCAGUGUACAACCUAACUCGCAUGGACACAAUGUGGGCCCUGAGAUCAGCAUAUUCCGAGGCUCUUCAACACAAAAACGUCCAAGAUAGUUUUUGUGCUAUGGCCCAGUCUGGUUUAUGGGCGUCCCUUCCUACUGAAUUUCCUCAGAGUGUGAAAUGGGAACUGCUAACCAAUGUUCUUCGGGGCAGAGUAAAGGUUUCUGUUCAUUGUAAUGAAGCUGUCGACCUCGAUGGCAUGAUCAGGUUAUCAAAUGAGUUUCAAUUUCCUAUCUCCGUCUUCCACCAAGCUUCAGAAGCGUGGCUUGUUACAGAUAUUUUGAAUGAAACAUGGGGAGGAGCACCAGCAGUCUCCCUGUACGCGACUAAUCAUAGAUCCAAACGUGAAUCAUUCCGGGGGUCGGAGUUUGCGCCUCGAACUUUGACAGAGGCUAAUAUAUCCGUUGCGAUGCAGUCUGAACAGCCGGCCAUGAAUUCCAGGGAUCUCAUUUUUGAGGCGCAACAAGCAUAUCAUUUUGGACUUCCUGCACACCUCGCUCUCGCGUCUGUCACGUCUACUCCUGCUAUCAUUGCUGGUCUUCCGCACAGGAUCGGUACACUACGAGAAGGUUGGGAUGCAGAUGUCGUUAUGUGGGACUCACAUCCUCUAAGGGUAGGAGCAACCCCGGCGAUGGUUUGGAUCGAUGGUGCCCUUCAAGUCCCCUCCCUAGCUUACCAGCCUCCGAAGAAUAUCGCGGAUCCCGGAAGACAUAAAAUGCCUACUGCGCCGAGUUGGGACAAGGAAAGGCUUACCGCUUCAAAGUGGGAUGGACUUCCCCCUUUGCGUAACAAUAAAGAAGAUAGGAAGAUCGUCUUUUACAAUGUCAAAGAGGUUUGGACCCGUAGCUCCAAUGGAGACAUCGAGGAGAUUUUCCCUUCACCUACAGAUCCGGACAUGAAUGGACGUGGCAGAGUUGUCGUUGAACGCGGAAACCUUAUAUGUGUCGGAGGCAAUGAUAUGUGCUUGGCCAGCGAGUAUGACGCAGUCGACUACAUCAACCUUCACGGAGGUUCCAUAUCACCUGGACUGCAUGCAUACGGCACGACCCUUGGCCUGGAGGAGAUCCCUUCCGAACCAUCCACGGGGGAUGGUCACUUGGUUUACAAUCCUUUUACGGACGAUAUUCCGCAGAUUCUUCAUGAUGUAGCUGGUGUAACUCGAGCAGCAGACUCGCUGACUUUCGGAACACGGAAUGCCAAAGUGGCAUACCGUAGUGGGGUAACAGCUGCAACUUCCUUUUCUGCCGGAGCACAAGGAGCAUACACUCGCGUCGUCUUAGGACUGUCAACGACUUUCCGAACCGGAUCAGCUCAUAGCAUCCAGUACGGCGCUGUAAUACAGGAUGUUACCGCUCUCCACAUUGCGAUAGCUCCGCCCACUGUUGGGAAGGAUCGUGUCGGAGUCAGUGAUCAAGUCGCGGCUCUUCGGCGUCUACUGUUUGGUUGGGAAAGCACGGAGACAGAAACAGGCCUGUGGUUCAAAAGAGCGGCCGAGGGAGAAGUGCCAUUGGUGAUCGACGUUAAUAGUGCCGACAUCAUGACUACACUCAUGUCGCUCAAAAGUGAAGUGGAGGAUAGGAUUGGGUCCAGGAUGAGAAUGGUGUUUUCGGGAGCAACAGAAGCCUACCUUCUUGCGCCGGAAAUUGGAAACUCGGGUGUGGGCGUUAUCUUGAAUUCGUUGAAACCAUAUCCUACGACCUGGGACGAACGGAGAAUACUGGCUGGUCCACCCAUAACAAACGAUACCACGUUAUCUACCCUCUUGAAGUAUGGGGUGAGCGUCGGAAUAGGAAUGAAGGAUCCUUACAUGGCGCAAAUCAUGCGUUUUGACCUUGCAUCCGCUCAAAAAUCCGUGGAUAGACUUGAAGUAUUGGCGUUAGCUUCGAGAAAUCUGGAAGUCUUAUUGGGCGUGAGAGAAGUUAACAGAGAUAUGGUUGUUUACGAUGGAGGUAGCUUAUUCGAACUUUCGAGCAAGGCCAUUGCAGUUAUUUCCCCUCAACGCCAGGGAGUCGAUAUGUUCGUUGCUUGA